GUUCAAAAACCCUAAAUCACGUUUCGUCUCCCCGCCGCCAUCAUCCUUGAUCCUGUAAUGGAUUCGAGUUACUCUGCUUACGGUGUUUGGAACCAAACCCAGAUGAUUGAUUCAGCAAACAACGACCAAUCUGAAUCACAGACAAUGCCACAACCCAAAAGGCCAAGACUUGUUGAUGACAACAACAACACUUCUUGGAAUGUUCCAUCUUCAAACCCUCCUCCUAUGAACAAAGGCACAGCCAAUAUCUUCUACAAGACGAGGAUGUGUGUCAAGUUCAAGUCAGGGGCUUGUAGGAACGGAGAGCUUUGCAAUUUUGCUCAUGGGAUGGAGGAUUUGAGACAACCUCCAUCGAACUGGCAGGAGAUUGUUGGACCUCCUGUGCAAGACAGGGAGAAAGAGAGGGAGAGGGAAAGGGAGAGACUUUCUUCUGUUUCUGUUGUGAAUAAUAGUAGUAAUGGUAAUUGGGAAGAUGAUCAGAAGAUUAUCUUGAGGAUGAAGCUUUGCAGGAAGUUUUGUUUUGGUGAGGAGUGUCCUUAUGGGGACAGGUGCAAUUUUAUUCAUGAGGAUUUGUCUAAGUUCCGUGAGGAGAAUGGGAAGUUGAGAGAGAGUUUGGCUAUAAGUGUUGGUACUGAUUCACUCUCUGUUGAGAAUGGUGGUACUGUUUCUCAUCAAGUUGAAGUGAUUAGACAAGGAAGCAUCCCUGUACCUGCUCCACCUUUGAACAAUGGUGGUGGUGUCAAGACUGUGUACUGGAAGACUAGACUAUGUGGGAAGUUUGAGAAGGGUCAGUGUCCUUUUGGUGAUAGCUGUCACUUUGCUCAUGGCCAAGCAGAGCUGCUGCAACACUCUGUUGGAAGAGUUGAGGGAGAAGCUGUGAACGCAGUAGCAGCGUCUGUGAGUAAACAAACGGUGAUGCCUGCAAACGAAUCAUUUGCAAUGAAACCAACUGCACAAGUAGCAGCGGAUUCUUCUGGUCUUAACGAUGAAGGGAGGCGAAAGAAGUGUUUGCUCAAGUGGAGUGACUCCAAGAAGAUUAAUCGAAUCUAUGGGGACUGGAUCGAUGAUUUACCGGUUGGUCAAAAGUCAACAAAACCAGUAGAGAGUUAAGAGUCUUCUGGUCUUGGUUCCACUUGGCUUUUGUCUUUGAUGAUCAAAGGUUGAAUAAAAAGCUUUGGUCGAAAAUUUUUGAGUAGUAGAAAUAAUCUUUUUUUUUAUGUGUUUACAUAAAGCAAUUCUUUGAUACGCUAUGUUCUUGACAAGAACAUAUACAUAGCUUAGCAUUUCCCUGUUCUUUUACAUAAAGUGGUUUGGAUCACUAUCAGCUUCAUCUUCUUUUGUUUACUGUUUAUUUAAUCAAAUACUUCUUCC